AAUGAGAAAACGUGUGAAUGUUCUUUCCAAACGGGCGGGAAGAGCUCUCUUAUUUCCCGCCAUUUUCCAUCUACUCAUCGGAGCUUCACGAUUCCUUUUAUUCUUUUAUCUCUCAAAGCUGUGGAAUCUUAAAUCGGAAGCCAUAGAAAGAUGGAGAUUAAGCUGAAAUGUAACUGUGGCGAAACCAAAUGCUUGGAAUGGGCCGUCGUUGAGUUACAAGGCGUGGUUGAACCUCAAUCCACCUUCCAAGAUCGCCUUCAAAACCUCGAAAUCGGCAUUCUAUGUCGACCCUCCGCUCAGGAAGUGUAUACUUUUACAGUAGGGUACCAUGAGCUGACAGGAAGCAAAAUUUCUUUGAAGAAGCCAUUGUUGGUGUUGAAGAAAACGAGGUCUGUGGAUGAGGAUCAGAGUAGCGAUACUAAAUCGGGUAAUGCAGAGUUGGAAGUGAUUGGGAUCAUUAGGCAGCGGAUUCUGUUUAAGACCAGACCAAAGGCACUCAUAUCCAAACCACAGCCAUUGGUUAAGGAAAGAUCCCGUGCUUCAGGAUCUGCAGUGACAGGCCAAACAACAUGAGUUCUGUGUUUAUAGGAAAAAGAAAAUCUUAUCAAUCUUACUCCCAAGAAUACUGUGAUAAGUAAGUUAUUUUCCAACUUUACAUUUAAUACAAGAUUCAACAACCUUUUUUCUCAGCCAUAUUGGUGUUUAUUUCCAAAUUUGCAUGUUUAAAUCUUAUUUUGGUCUGAAAAGUGCUAUCAUACCUCUUUUGAGUUUUGUUGGUUGCAUCCAGAUAUACUGUCUAUGGUGUGUCGUGAAACUACAAAACUUUUUCAAAUUUUUAUAUGUGGCUAGGAUAUGUCUCAACAUUGAUAUGACUUUUAUAAAUGUAACGUUUUUCAAUUGAAUUUUAGGGUGUACACCUUGGACGUUAUAGUGGCAACGAGGAUUCUUUCAUAAUUUUUUUUCUUUCCUUUUUUUGUUGUACCUUUGAUCAAGUUUUAUUGAGAAGUCCGAGGUUUUGUUUUC